AUGCCUGCCCGUCGCCUCCUCCUCCUCCUCCUGGGGCUGCUCCUGCAGCUGCACCCUGCCUGCUGCCAGCAAGCCCGGGGCAGUCUCCAGCCGUGGUCGCAGGGUGUCAUUGCAGUGGUGGUGUUUCUAGUCCUGGUGGCCAUCGCUUUCAUGGUCAAUAAGUUCUGGUGUAAGGAGAAAGUGGAAAACGUCGAGACGGGGGUGAGCAUUGAGAACAAGCAGGAGGCUGUCAUAUCCAAUGGCCACGAAGGGAGAUACCUAACCACUGCAGCCGACUUCAGGUCCAAAGAGAGUCGGCAUGUUUACGAGAACACCGUGGAGAUGGAGGAGAAGGUGGUCACCACUGCCAUGUAG